AUGAAUUUUUCAUCAUCACCACCUGUAUUAUAUUUAGGAGAUGAUGAUGAUGAUAAUAAUAAUCAUAAUAAACAAAAUUCAUAUGUUGAAACAAAUAUGUCAUUAAUAAAAACAUCAUCAUCAUCAUCAUCAUCUUCAAAUGAUAUGAAUAUGUCACAUAAAAAACGAAAAUUAACAAAUACAAAUGUACGUAUUAAUCCAUCAAUUGUAAAUUGGUCAAAACGUCAACGAAAUGAUCAUUAUCAACAACAAACAUCAAGAAAUUUUAUUGAUACUGAUCCCGAUCCUGAACCAAUUUUACUUGAUCCAGAUGAAUAUAUUAUUGAAGAACCUGAUCCGCCUACAUUUUGUUCUUUUGAUUGGACAAUUCAACCACCACCACCCCCAUUAUUACCAACUAAAAUAUCUUCAAAUCAUCCUAUUCAAACAGUAUCAAGAGGUUCGACUAUAUCAAAUUCAAAUAUGAAUCAUAUAGUACAACGUUCAAUUGAUAAACUAGAUAAUACAAAUUCAAAUCAUCAAUUUAUUCAACAACAACAACAACAACAACAACGAAAACCAAUUGCUAUUCCUGUACAACAACAACCAUCAUUAGCACUUGUUUCAUUACCUUUACCUAAACCAACAACAUCUUUUUUUCGAGCAAAUGUACAACGUGGUCGACCAGUGAAAAAUUCUCGAAUUUCAUAUACACAAUCUACUUCACCUCCAUUACCUGUACGUCGACAACCAGAACAACAAAUAAUUCCACAAACACAAAAAACUUCACGAACAUCAUUAUCAUCAACUGGUACUGCUACUACAACAACAACAGUAACGACAACUUCAUUAAUAAAUAAUUCUACACCUAUUAUACGUCGACAAAUACUUAAUGGUACUGGUUUAUUUUCAGCUUUUCAUGAUUCAAAAUAUUAUCAAUGUAAUAUAUGUAAAUUUAAAAGUGUAACAAGUUCAACUCUACUUCAACAUCUAUUUACACAUAUGUUUUUUUGUGACCAAUGUUCAUUUUAUACAUAUUCACAUUAUAAUCUCAAUCAACAUAUGUUUGAAAAACAUAUUUUAAAUGUACAUGAACAUAUAAAUGAUUCUUCAAAUCCAAAAUCUUUUGAUCUACUUUAUGUAACACGUUGUUCUGAUGGUACAUUUGCUUUAUGUAUGGAUUCAUCAUUAACAAAAACAAAUAAUAAUAAUACUACUACUACUACUACUAAUAAUAAUAAUAAUAAUGAUCAACGAUUAAUAAUAUCAUCAGCAGUACUUAAUGAUCAACAUACAAAUAAAAUAUCAAAGAAAAAAAUUUCUAAACAAAAAGAUUUCUUUUAUGAAGAUGAUAAUGAUAUAUUAAUAUUAUCAGAUAAAUCUGAUAUUAAUCAUCGAUCAUUAAUAAAUUCAAAAGGAAAAGAAAAACAAAAUCAAACAUAUGUUAUAAUGAAACAUCGUAGAUGUUAUUUAAUGAAAAAAACAUUUCGUUUACAUUCAUUAACAUUAGAAUAUAAUAUAUGUCGUGAACAUACUUUAAGACAAAUGUGUCAUACACAAGAUAUAUUAAAGCCAAGAAAUUUUUUAACAAAAUUUCAUCAAAUACAAUUUAAUAAUGAAAUUGCAAAUUGUUUACGUACAAUUGUUAAUUAUAUUAUUAAUAGUGAAGAUAACAGUGAUCAAUCAAUACCUAUAUGUACAUUACCCAAUCAUAUUCUUAGUUCAAUAUUAUCUGUUGAUAAUCUAGAUAUUUUAACUACUUCAUUAAAAUUAAAUAAUAAAUAUGAUGAAUAUAAACAACAAAAUCAAUUAUAUGAAGAUGAACAUGUUCUACGUCAAAGUCGUAAACAUAUAUUUAUAUUAUCAUCUUCAGAUAGAAAUCAUAAUGAUCAAUCAAUAAUUUCUUCAUUACAUUCAUCAUUAACAAAUGGUGAUUCAAUAUUUACACAAACUAAAAUUGAUAAAUUACCUAAUACAUAUGAUAAUACAUAUCGAUAUUUAAAAGGAAAUCUUAAUAUAUCAUCACAAUUAAAUAAUUCUAAUGUAAAAGUUCAGAAAAAAAUUAAUACAACUCAAUUAUCACCUCCAAAACUUGUUCCACUUCGUUCUGUUAUACCAAAAUCUUCAUAUCCUUCUUUACCAAAUCAUCCUUCAUUACCAACAAUAAUUGAUAGAAAUAAUAAUUCAGUUACAUCUUUAAAAUCAAAAAUAUCUACAACAAAAAUGCCGAAUAUUAUUGUUCUUGAUUGA